ACAGGACAACAGUAUAGACUCUACUUCUUCUCUGAGAGAAGACAAUAAGCUGGAAGGCCAGGAAUCAAAACAAGGCAAGGGAGAAGAUAGUGAUGUCCUCAGCAUAAAUGCAGAUGCAUAUGAUAGUGACAUAGAAGGCCCAUGCAAUGAAGAGGAUGGCCCAGAUGUGCAAGAAAACACUGUCAGAAGUGGAGCUGGUCAGAUAGAUGACCUUCAGAAGGACAUUGAGAAAAGCGUGAAUGAGAUUUUGGGGUUGGCAGAGUCCAACCCAAAAGAGCCCAAAGCAGCAACCUUAGCUGUUCCUCCGUCAGAAGACGUUCAGCCAUCAGCACAGCAGCUGGAGCUUCUGGAGCUUGAGAUGAGGGCCAGAGCUAUUAAGGCUCUGAUGAAAGCUGGUGAUGUAAAAAAACAGGCUUGAGAUUGUUUAGAUUUAAUUUUCACUAUUUGUUU